AUGUUGAAGAUUGGAGUCGGUCAAGUGGCGCUUGCCGUGGCCGUUGCGCUUCUGGCGGCUUGUCUUGUUCCCCAUCAUGGACACAUCUUAUCCAACAGAGCUGGGUAUGUCUCUUCUCGGACCGGAUGUCCUGGUGUUCACGGACGCAUGGCCGUUUGUCAUACGAACUACUGCAUCUAUCUGCUGUCUGGUUAUCUUCCCCUCCCGUUUCCAACAGCUAGUUCCUGUUUUCCGGUGAAGAGCUUCGUCAAGAGACCCGUAUUACCCUGCUUCAGCUGGGUUUGUUGUCUCCUUACCCAAGGGCCAUUAAACCGUUUGCUCAUGACUCUUCGAGCCCCUGUGUUCUUGUGCCCCUGCCCACGCCUUUAUAAGAAUCUCCCACAACUACACAGGACACCAAGUUGA